AUGUGUGGUAGCUACUGUGGAAACUACUAUGGCGGCUAUGGCUAUGGUGGCUGUGGCUAUGGCGGCUGUGGCUAUGGAAGCUGUGGCGGUCUGGGCUAUGGCUAUGGAGGCCUAGGUUAUGGCUAUGGAGGCCUGGGCUGUGGCUAUGGAGGCCUGGGCUAUGGCUAUGGCUGUGGCAUCCGCAGACUGGGCUGUGGCUAUGGCUGUGGCUAUGGAUGUGGCUCUGGCUGCGGCUCUGGCUUUGGAUACUACUAA